CCAUGAUUCCGGGCAGUGUUUACGACCGUUCGGGUGCCGGACAACAGAACCAUUACAACAAUCCGCUUAAUAUGACUGGAGGACAGCCUCACCCGCACUCACAUCCGGCCUACUAUAGACCACACGAUCAGUUGUCUUAUAUAAGUCAAGACAGGGCCCAAACCAAUGCGCUCACUAAUCUUCCGGUGCCAUUAGGAAUGUUUAUGAAUAUGACACACAUUCCGCCCCGAUUUUACAACCAGCCCAACAUGAGUGCACCCGUACGACAGCCACCCAUCACUGGCCAACGAAAUAAAGGCAAUAUUCAUCGAAACACUAACCGAAUUUCAAGCACUAAUCGUCGGCCCAAUAAGAGUGACGACUUCCCAACGAGUCAACCCGCGAGUCAGGACACCAGUCUUGGCGGCUCUUCCCUAUCUCAGGGCCCUCUAACCCAAGGCCAGCUCUCCAUGAGUCAAAUGAGUCAACCGGCCUUUGCGAGUCUGUCACAACCCGGACUCUCUCAGCCCGGCCUCUCACAAGUCUGCCUCUCGCAGACAGAAUUAUCUCAGGAUCCGUAUUCUGUGGAUGAUUUGCGAUCACAGGCGGAGGGAAUGCUAUCGCAAGAGUCGAGUUACCAAACGGACCGAAAUGCCUUCUUAAUGGCUUCCCAAAUGGGC